CAAGUACGUGUGUUCGAAAGGAUCGAAAUCGAGCAAGUAGAAACAUUGGUGGAAUCGUGUCGUAAAAUUGAUUCUUCUAUAAAGUCUUGCGUUCUUCCUGUUGCGCAUCAUUGCACAUCGAUUUGCAAUCGUCGCUUGUCCAGCUAUAUCUGUUCGCACGUUGUGCAAGACAGAUAUAUCAAAGUAUAAGUAGUUUUGCAACAUUCUGAGAGAACAAAUUGCAACGAGAUGUUAACUCCACGCUUCGGGAUCACGCAGACCGACGAAGUGGUGACGAUAAUUAUCCAUGCGCCAUAUGCAAAUAUAAAGGAUGCGGAGAUGUACGCUGACGGAAUAGAUUUUCUAUUUUACUCCACCCCGUAUUUUCUCAAAUUACAGCUUCCAGGCAAGAUAAAAGACAACGAUUCAUUCUCUGGGACCUAUGACUGCGACAAGGGUGACUUUACCUUAAGUUUCUCAAAGGUAAAUAAGGGGGAACAUUUUGAGAAUUUAGAAAUGAUAACAAGUCUUCUGGCACCAAAAAAGAAGAGCACUGUCAUACCUAACAUUGAAGUAAUCGGUAAUCCAUCUGUGGCUUUAGCAGAUAUGAGUGAAAACAAUACAAAUAAUUCUGGAAAUAAUUGUUUUCCAUCUCAGGAUAAUUUUGUAGGAAGUGCGACAAAUCUUAUAAACUCUCCAAAAUAUGGUUUUGCUAAUAAAAUAUCAGGAGCUUUAGCUGCUUUUGAGGAUAUAUGGAUUAAAGAAAUAAUAGAUCUUCCUACUCCUGAUGUAACUCCUGAAGUAGAAAGAAAAAGUUUGAGGGAACAGCGUGAAUUAAAUGAUUUCUCUGAGGAACAUUAUAUGGCAGAUCUCAUGGAAUCAGACGUCAUGAAGCCAUGCUUAAUAUAUCAAGCAGAAUGGGACACAUUACAAAAAGAUCAAAUAGCAUUUAGCAAAGCUGAAAUCGACCUGCUAAAGGAACUUCCAAACAAAGAAUAUUUAUUAAAUGUUGAAGAUGUAGAAAAAUUAUGUUUUAAUCUUGUCGAUAUCUUAUACGCCAAUUGUUAUAAUCAUCGAACAACAUUCGGAGAAAAUAGUUCAGAGAGUGGCUGGACUAUUAAUAAAUUAAGUUCUACAUUAUGUUGGUUCCAGAACUUUGCUUCUCUAGAUGAAGUUAUAACAGCGUGUAUUCGAAGAGCGCUUUGCUAUCCACUUCACAGAAAUUGGGAACUUUCUAUUAAAUUAUUAGAAGAUGUUAAAAAAGUUCUGUCAUUAGGAAGGAAAUAUGUCGUUAAACGCUUCUGCGAAAUACACAGUCUUUUCAAUAAUUCAUUUGAACCAAGAUAUAUACUGAACCAACUCUAUAUAAAGGAUUUUCUAAUUUGGUUGCAAACGUUACCUGAUUCUGUAAUAGAAUCGGUUUAUUCUGCAUUAAGUAAUGUUCAUCCAAACAAAGAAAAUAUGGGACUAGAAUUAGUGGAACUGGAAAUGGCAGCUUAUUCUGUCCAAGAAGAUUUUGUUAUAGAAAACGCCAUUCACAAAAUGACCAACAAUAUUGAAGCAUUGUCUAUGAACGGUGAUAAACAGAAAAUGCCAAAGAAUGUAUACCAUGUUAACCAAAAAUUUUUUAAAUGUUUAUUAUCGAGCAGUUCAAGUUCAACGGAUAGCAGCGAUACGGAUUCUGAUAGCAACACGUCAAGCAGCAGUAGCAGCAGCAGCAGUUUCGAUUCUGAUGAUAUAGAUGACGGGCCUAAAUAAUUAAGAAGAAACGGGUGGACUUGCAGAAGGGUGAUUUUAUUAUCGAUUCUUUUAUUGAUUGGUAUACUACUGUACUUUGAUGUGCCGAUUACAAAUAUGAUCAUGAAAAUUACUGACAA